AUUGCUUCUCCUUUCAUUCGUGUCCAAACGCAUCCUAGUCUUCUUCUUCUACCUGAAAAUGCAAGCAUAUUUGUUCAUAGGCAUAGCUCCUUCACUGUGAACUUCGACAAUAGCUCCUAUUGAAGUCUUGGAUUCUUCCUUCUCAUUUUCGCAAUGCCACUUCACUUGCCUCUUUCCCCUCCAUCGAUGAUCUCCUUCGUCGUCAACAUGUUAGCUCCUUCACGUUCUUGCCUCACCUUUCAGCUACGGUACCAUUUCCCGCACCGAUUUCAAGUUCACACGCGGCGCCCACGCCAUCAAUUUCAGUUACGGCGUCGGUUCUCCACUUAUGCGGCAACAGCAACCCACCACCACCAUAGCUAUCAUGGCAGUCCUGUUGGAACAAUUGAUGAAAGAUAUGAUGUUAUCGUGGUCGGAGGAGGACAUGCAGGUUGUGAAGCAGCCCUUGCAUCUGCUCGUUUAGGGGCAAAAACUCUUCUUCUCACCCUAAAUAUAGACCGAAUCGCAUGGCAGCCUUGCAACCCAGCAGUCGGUGGACCUGCAAAAUCACAAUUAGUUCAUGAAGUGGAUGCACUUGGUGGUGAAAUUGGGAAGGUUGCGGAUAGGUGCUAUUUGCAAAAGCGUGUGCUGAACAUCUCCAGAGGUCCUGCUGUUCGAGCUUUACGUGCACAAACUGACAAAAGGGAAUAUGCUAUGGAAAUGAAGAAGAUAGUGGAGAGCACUCCAAAUCUUUCUAUCAGAGAGGCAAUGGUAACAAAUAUCUUGCUAGGAAAAAAUGAUAAUGUGGAAGGUGUCAGCACUUUUUUUGGAAUGGAUUUCUAUGCUCCUUCAGUUAUUCUCACUACCGGAACUUUUAUGAGUGGUAAAAUUUGGGUUGGUAGAACUUCUAUGCCUGCGGGAAGAGCUGGUGAGUCAGCUUCACAAGGACUCACUGAGAACUUGCAACAGCUUGGAUUUGAAACUGAUCGUCUGAAAACUGGAACUCCAGCUCGUGUGGACAUUCGAACGGUGGAUUUUUCCAGUUUGGAACCUCAGCAUGGAGAUGAAGAGGUGAACUGGUUUAGUUUUGAUCCCGACGUGCACGUUGAAAGGGAACAAAUGUGUUGCUAUCUAACACGUACUACAAAAAUUACUCAUCAACUUAUAAAGGAGAACUUACACGAAACUCCAACGUAUGGAGGGUGGGUUGAAGCAAAAGGGCCUAGAUAUUGUCCUUCCAUUGAAGAUAAGAUUGUGAGGUUUCAAGAUAAAGAAUCGCAUCAGAUUUUUCUUGAACCAGAGGGUCGAAAUGUGCCUGAGCUAUAUGUGCAGGGGUUCUCAACUGGUUUACCUGAGAGACUACAGUUACCACUCUUGAGAAGUUUGCCUGGACUUGAAAACUGUUCAAUGCUGAGGCCUGCAUAUGCUGUGGAGUAUGAUUUCUUGCCUGCACAUCAAUGCUCUAGGUCUCUCAUGACCAAGAAGGUCGAGGGCCUUUUCUUCUCGGGUCAGAUAAAUGGGACAACAGGUUAUGAAGAGGCCGCAGCGCAGGGAAUUAUUUCUGGUAUUAAUGCUGCAAGACAUUCAGAUGGCAAGCCCCUCAUUGUACUUGAGAGGGAAAGCAGUUAUAUAGGCACAUUAAUUGAUGAUCUGGUCACCAAGGACCUUCGAGAGCCAUACCGGAUGUUAACAAGUCGCUCCGAACACCGGUUGCUUCUCCGAUCUGAUAAUGCUGAUAGUCGUCUUACGCCUCUGGGGAAUGAAAUUGGUUUGAUAGAUGAUAGACGGUGGAAGCUAUACCUGGAUAAGCAAGCUCGAAUCUCUGAGGAGAAAAAGCGUUUGAAAACUGUCAGAAUUUCAGGAGGGGAUUUGGCUGCUGAUGUUACUCAUCUGUCUGGACAGCCUGUGAGGGAGUCUUCAACACUGGAGAGUCUUUUGAAAAAACCACACAUCCAGUAUGAGGUACUGGAUAAGCAUGGUUUUGGAAAUAAGCUCCUAACUAGAGAGGAUAAAGAGUGUGUGGAGAUUGAUGUCAAGUAUGAAGGCUUCAUUAUCCGUCAGCAGAUCCAACUCCAACAGAUGGCUCAUCAACAAAACAGACCACUUCCAGAGGACUUGGAUUACUAUGCAAUGACAACUUUGUCUCUUGAAGCACGUGAGAAACUCUCCAAGGUGAGGCCACAAACUAUUGGCCAAGCAAGCAGAGUAGGUGGCGUGAGCCCUGCCGACAUCACUGCGCUUCUUAUAAUCCUCGAAACCCGGAGAAGAAAAGCUAAGGAACAGAGGAGGCACAAAAUGUUGAAUUCUGUUCUGACGGAAACAAAUCCCAUAUCCAAUGCCCCUUUGACAGAGACAAUCAACUCUUAAUAUAUUCCCAAUGCGUCAUUCUUUGUUUUCGCGGUUUAUCGGCUUCAGAAUUGUGUGAAGCAUCUAUGACACUAUCAGUUCUUCGGAGGAAGCAAUGCAGGAGUAGGAUGAAACUGUGAUUCUACUUGCAAUCUUCAGGCCUUAUGAUGAGUGAUUGCUGUAAUGGCCACUUUCAACAAGCUGUUAGGUGGAAGAAAUUUGAUGCUUCUGCCAUCAGUUGGCGGCCACCGGUUCUGUUUCUGCUGGCUAAACCAAAACAUGAAGGCUAGAACAGCAAGUCUAGCCUCAAAAGUUAUUUUCGUCACAUCUAUAUUUUCGUCGCUGUUCUAUAAAAUCAGAAGACAAUAUGUAUAUCCUUUGAAUCACCUACUUCUUGUUUAGUUAUGGAAAAUAUUCAGAAAUAGAACCACAAAUAAGUUUGGUUCGUUUCGGAA